AUGACGUCUGAAUUGACUGAAUCGACACCCACCACUUUAGGAUCAUCAACGAUGAACCCCGCCAAGAUCUCCGGCCACGCCUCGGAGCCCGACUCCGACGCCAAGUCAAGAGCUCAGCCUUCCCAGGUCCGUUUCUCGUCCAUCACGGAGGAGAUUUCACCCUCUCGAUCGGACUUGUCUCCUGUUCCCGAACAAGUACAACAACCUGAACAGAUAAUCCCUACCCAAGAGGAACAAUUACGGUCGCUGGCUAUGAGUCUGCAGGGCUCGCAGCUUCAGGAGUCGCGGGCGCGGAAUUUCUCUUUUGAGCCUAUGUCUCUUCCUUCCUCCAGGGUCGCAUCUCGAGAUUCGAGUGUUCGCAGUGGAAUGGGCACUGGUGCCUUCGCCUCUCCGCAUGCUUCCCCUCCUGUUUCUGCUGUACAAUCACCUCCUCUUACUCCCGCCGCAACCCACUCCCGAGAAGGCGGAACCAGCGACAACGCUUCCGUAAAAUCCUUAACCCGACCUCAUGUCCAGACAAAUUUCACUCCCGACGCCUCACCCCCUGUCGGUGCAGUCGGCUCAACCGAUGGGAACGGAACCUCUCGGCCCACUUCGAAUUCAUCUCGACCACCAUCCACCGAUCAGUUGCCCAUCAGGCAAAGUGAAGGGUCAGACCGUGCACCUCAUGCCAUUCAACCCCCAAAGCACCGUGCACAAUUUUUUAUUGGCAAUGACUCAGGUUCACUGGAAGAAAGCCCCCCUGCUACUCCAAGAGACUCUCUUACCCCGCCGGGGGCUAUGACCCCUGUAGGCGAACCUAAUGAUCCCUAUGCGCGCCACAAGCGCCCCCCUCAGUCCAAAAACCUUGCCCAGCUGGAUCCCCGGUUCAUCUUCAGUGGUCGGGAUGUGAAACGUUCAUUCCGCCCGGGAACUCCUCGGUCCGCCAGCGCGAACGAUCUCAGCAAACCUAGCGACAAGCGCAGCAUAUUCGGAGGAAACAAGAAGGAUCAUGGAAAUGACAAGAAUCAUCAGGGUCACCACCACCAUGGCUCUAUGUCUGAGCUGAAGCGAUUCUUCAAGAUGGGCCACCGCAACAAGCGAUCCGAGUCCCCAACGUCUAUGCCUAAGAAAUCUAGUCGGGGAUCUGGAAAGAACACCCCGUACCAGAUGGCUCCCGACAACGUUCCGUUCGCCGAUGAUCACGGCUUGAAUUCCAAGUAUGGAAAGCUGGGUAAGGUACUUGGUUCUGGUGCCGGAGGUUCCGUGCGUCUUUUGAAGCGGAACAGUGACGGUGUCACCUUUGCAGUGAAGCAAUUCCGAGAUCGUCAUAAUUGGGAAACUCUGAAGGAAUAUUCCAAGAAAGUCACUGCCGAGUUCUGUAUCGGUUCCACCUUGCAUCACGGCAAUAUCAUUGAGACCCUUGAUAUUAUCCAGGAAGGAACUCACUGGUAUGAAGUCAUGGAGUAUGCUCCAUUUGAUCUGUUCGCUAUCGUCAUGACGGGUAAAAUGGGCAAAGAGGAGAUCGCCUGCUCUUUCAAGCAGAUUCUGAGCGGCGUCGCGUACAUACAUGGCAUGGGUCUGGCCCAUCGGGAUUUGAAGCUGGAUAACGUGGUAGUGAAUGACCGCGGCAUCAUGAAGCUCAUUGACUUCGGAAGUGCCGUGGUGUUCCGCUAUCCGUUUGAAAAUGAUAUUGUUUAUGCCUCAGGUAUCGUUGGCUCAGACCCCUACCUUGCCCCCGAAGUGUACGACGAGAAGAAAUAUGAUCCUCGCCCCACGGAUGUUUGGUCGCUGGCGAUCAUCUUCUGUUGCAUGACCUUGCGCAGGUUCCCAUGGAAGCAACCGCGCAUGACCGAUAAUUCAUACAAACUGUUUGUUUCCAAUCCUUCCCCAGGGACACCAGUAGCCGAAUCCGACCCUCGGCGUCGGCCCAAAUCCACCCCGGAUCUUCCAUCCCAGAGCCAUGAGAACAAACAUUUGACCCCCGCUCGAGUGGACCUUCCGAUCAAGCAGAACGGCAACGGGAAGAAAGCAGAGUCCUCGCAGAGGGACGGUGAUCGCUCACCCGAUACCCCCACUGCUCAGAAGCAGAUCAGCCACAUUGGCGGUGAACGACCCACCCGAACGACCAGCAAAGAAGCACCACCUCUUCCCGGAUCUUCCCAGUCUUCUGGCCAGCGCCAAGAAGUCAUCAAAGGCCCGUGGCGUCUUCUCCGCAUCUUGCCGCGGGAAAGUCGAUAUAUCAUCGGUCGCAUGCUCAAGGUCAACCCGAAGGAGCGAGCGACCCUCGACGAGGUUCUUUCAGAUGAAUGGGUGCGAAGCAUCCACACAUGCCGGCAAGAAGCAAACGGUGAAGUCAUCAACGACCCAGGCCACACCCACGUCCUCGAACCUCCAUCUCAGAGCCCUGCAGUGGCCAGCAAAGGCGCCAAGGCCAAAUAA